AGAAAGAGAGAAGAAAGGAGAAGGCAAUGGAAACAGGCGGAAACGGCUGAGAUGUUCUGGUGCAUGGUUGGAGUAUAGUCGCGAUCGGGUCGCGUUACUUCGUUUCUGUUCUGUCGUUUCUCCGCCGAGGCAAUAGUGGAGGGAGUACGGAACUCCGGAGGAACGGAGACAGCUAGAGUCGCGACGACGACGAGUGGGAGGCGGUUCACCGAGCCGUCCCGUUACAUUAUAUGCUGUUAGUCAGUCAGUCGUGCCAGUGAUCCGGACGCGGUAAAAGCGAGAGACGACGUGGCCGUUCCGAACAUCGUUCUUCCAACCAGACAGCCGGUCACGUUGAAAAGCGCAGCGAGUGUCGUCGGCAUCGUUUUCGUCAUUUUCCCGGUUGCGGUUUCGUUCGCGAACUGCCUCAACUAAAAUUCCAAGUUCGAUUUGUGCACAAACUUAGCUACCGCGUUACCGAUAACGCGAUCGGAUCGGGUGUACUAAUCGCAUGUGAAAAGUGUACGUGAACGUUGGCUCGAUUAACCGGCAGCCGAUCCAGAGAACGAGCCGAGCCCCCGAUCGAAUCUGCAUCGAAUUUCAAGAUCGGCGACGAUUCCGACGAAAAAAGAAACUCGUGGAAGGAUUUUGGUGAAAUUUUAGGAGGAAAAGAUCGAAAUAAAAAUCAUCGAUGGUCGAUGGUUGUUGAUGUGUCGGCUCAUCAAUCGCGCGUAUCGGGUAGCCGCGAUGAAGUGAACGGAUAACGCGGCGCGGCGCGGCGUGGCGCGGCGGGACGUUUCGCGGCUCUCGACAGUCGUGGCAGUGAAAGUACGUCACCCGGAGCUGUCUCCGCUCAUUCGAGAUUCUUUCUACUCCGCUCUCGAUCCGAACGGGUUUUCUCGUCGCCGAAGAGAUCGCACAACGAUCAUGCUCCUGGUGUAACGUUUCCAACAACCAUACGAACAGUGACUGUGAUACAAGUGCCGGAACCGUAGCUCUUCUUUCCUCCGAGUUCGUUCCGUCUCUUUCUUUUUCUCUGCUGCUGAUUCACCGACGACGAUUCAUCGACUAACCAAAUCGAACUACGAAGUAAUCAGGAUCGAUACCGAUCGAGAUACCAUCACCACCCGACAACGAUGACCGUGGUAAUUUUCGUUACCGGACCGUAUUUACAAUUUUCUUCGACGACUUCGCGAUCCUCUGAUAAUUAUGGAGGAAACAAACACCUUCGUUACGUGGCCGUCUCGUCUAAAGAUCGGAGCAAAGUCGAAGAAAGAUCCGCAUAUAAAGGUCGCGGGUCGACCCGAUGACGUACGAGCCGCAAAGGAGAAAAUAAUGGAAAUUCUGGACACGAGGCAAAGUAACAGAGUAACUAUGAAGUUGGACGUUAGUUACACGGACCAUUCGCACAUCAUUGGAAAGGGUGGACUAACGAUUAAACGGGUGAUGGAGGAAACUGGAUGCCACAUCCAUUUUCCAGACAGUAAUCGAAGUAAUCAUCAGGAGAAGAGCAACCAGGUGUCGAUUGCGGGAGAAAUGGAGGGAGUCGAACGUGCCCGUGCUCGUGUCAGGAAUCUUACGCCUCUGAUCUUCUCGUUCGAGUUACCAAUCAUGAGUGCGUCGCAAACAGUGCCCGAUUCCACUUCGCCGUACGUAGUUAAAAUUCAGGAAAAAUACAACGUUCAAGUGAUGUUUCGUACCAGACCAAAAUUGCAUGCUACUUUGGUAGUUGUCAAAGGUUGCGAAUGGGAGGUAUCUCAAGUGAAAGAAGCGACCGUGCUUCUAAUUCACUACAUGUGCCAAAACUUAGCUAGUCAAAUACAAGUACAAAUGUCGAUGGAGAUUUCGCCGCAACAUCACAGUAUCGUAUUGGGAAAGCAGAGCAGUAAUUUGAAGAUGAUCAUGCAACGCACAGGCACUCAAAUAAUGUUCCCAGAUGCCGGAGAUCCGAACAUUCCUAGCUUAAAGAAGAGCAACGUUACGAUCACAGGUGGCAUCCACAACGUUUACUUGGCUCGACAACAGCUAGUGGGUUCCCUGCCUUUGGUCCUAAUGUUCGACCUUCCUGAGGACUCGAUGUCUUCGGUAGAUAGCGAGAACGUUUCCCAACUAAUGCAGUCGUUGGACGUGUUCAUAAACGUGAGGCACAAGCCGAAGCAGAGUACGCUUUCCGUGAUCAUCAAAGGAAUCGAACGAAACGCCAGCAAUAUUUACGAAGCGAGGAAGCAGCUUUUAGGCCUGGACGAGCCCAGAGUGCACGCCGAGAUACCGGCUACCUAUCACAUUCCAAACGCUGCUAAUAUUUUCCAAGGAAACUCUACUGGCAAUGGCUCCGGUCCCAAUAGUUUAGUCAGCAGUCUAUCGGACAAUUUGUCGAGCAUAUUAACGGUGAACACACAGAAUUCUCCAUACUGCGUAUCGCCUGUUCCUCAUUCGCCAAAUCCGAUGGCCCUGUCGCCUCAUUGGGGUCAUUUACCACCAUUACCGUCCAUCUUUUCGCCACUGCCGCUUCAUCACUCUUAUCCAUAUCCACACCUUAAUCACCUAUUGACGACGCAGCACGUAAUGCAUAACAACGCGAUGCCUCCUCAUUCACAUGGACUGCAAAAUCACGCUUUUACCGGUAUCGGACAACUUCAUUCGAACGGGCCUGUAGGCUUCCACAAUACUCACGGAUUGAACGGUAAUUCGUUGGAAAGCAAGGAAGGUAGCGCUUAUUCGUCGUUGAGCAGCGUUUCCAGUUCUCUAUCUAGUCCAGCUAUCAGUCCGCGUAACAUAUCUCCGGUCAAUCCUAUCGAGAGUAGUCAUAAUAUAGAUUUAUCCAGCAUGUUGUCCGAUAUUACGGUACCCGAUCGUCGUGCGCCGGGUUGUGAGAAGAAAUCGCUGGAAAUGGCUGUGCAACAGAAUCUCGUUCCCUUCGAUUACGAGCAGAAAAAGAUACUAGCGGCGAAAGUGAUUCAAGGGAAACCAAGUACCAACGAUUUUCGUGUUCCUACUUCCGCUUGGUCCGGCUACGGACUCAGUCAAUCCAUUCCUCCCAUAAAUACGAGCGACAUAAAGAAGCCGCAGGAAUCUACCACCUCCCAUCCAUCUGAUUUAUGGAAGGAACCAACGACGCCGGUAUUCAGCAGAGAGAUUGACUUUGGAAUCGGAUCCGGUAAAGAUCGUGUUGGACAGAUCGGCUUAAGUUCCAACUACAUGGAGCAUACGCCCACCACGCAUUUGAACAAAAUUACAACCCAUCGGUACGACGACUUAACCAGCAUGUUGGUUAGCGUUGGAUUGGAAAAGUAUAUUCGCCUGUUCACAUCUCACGAAGUGGACAUGGCUACAUUUCCAUCUCUGACGGAAAAAGAUCUAUGCGAAAUCGGGAUAACCGCUUGGGGUGCAAGGCGUAAAAUAAUGUUAUUAAUCGCUGAAAUGAACAAACGUACUAGUCCAUUCUGUGGUAGCGCUGCUCCUGGUGCGGAACGCAAAACGACCACGUCGUCGACCUCGUCGUCGAUGGAGAAAUGCAAUCUGGAUACCAAAUGGUAGUAGGGACGAAACAUGUCACGAGUCUCGCAAAAUUCGUGAGAACGAAUACAAAGAAUUUAGACAGGACCGCGUCGUACUUAAAAUUAGCCUCGCGUUCGCACGCAGACUCGAUUGCGUUUCAAGAUGCUCGAACGAGAAUCGAAAUCGAGAUCGAAAUCAAAUCACGCGAGCCCUUUCGCCGACUCGACAGUAGGAUCAAGUUAUAAUUAGUAUGUUAAUUUGCGAUUCUAGGCACCGAAAGAAUAGGCGGAUGAUUCUUUUUGUGGUCAAGGACCGUUUGCUUUUUUUUUUUAUUUUUUUCCCUGCAGUCCUCGAUUCACGCGGUCGAAAGGUGCCUUAGGUUAAGAAACUCGUUACUACUUUCGUUUCGUUAGCUUUUUUUUUAUGUUGCUAAUGGUCUUUCUAUCGUGGUCGCGCGAUAUUCGACGAAUCGAUAUGGUUUUCAUAUUAUUUUGUACGGAGCGCGAAACACGAUGCUCCGGGAGUCGUAGUGUCGUUCGACACGUUGUAUCAUAUAUGUUUUUGUGUAACGGUGAAGAGUUCGUAAUAGGACUGAACGAUAGGCGUAUACAGUAUCUAUAAAUUAACGAUAACGGUUCAAUUAGUAUAGCAAAGUGCGGAAAAACGAGGCUUUGAAGCUCGAUAUGCGCGAUGGGCGUAGGAUAUCCCGUACGUUCGGCGACCUGUCGCUUUAGGGAAGUUAAAAUAUUUAAUCUCGACUAAGCUCGAAACUCGGCAGAAACGUAGAACCUAAGCUGGCAACCGAGACGGAAAUGCGAACUCACGUAAAGAUAAAGCGAAAAGAAGGGCACACGGUCAUGUUUCUCUCGGUUUUCGCGAGUUUCGGAUUUUUUCGCAGCAGCCGCGUUUUCGAGUUUUACAAUGUAAUAAAGUAUUUAUUAUUCACUCGCGAAAGACGUCGAACGUACAAAUGCGAAUGAUUUUUCCACGAAGCGGAUCGGAGGGGGCGAUUGAACGUUCGAGGGUAUUUCGAGUUGUGUCUUUUUCACCGUAUUACGAUCGAUCGUUUUACAGGAGAAACGACUUUCGCGAACUACCCUUGAAACUAUAAUUUGAGUCUAUACUCAGCUAUACCGCUAACGUGCAAUGCCUGCCCAACGAUUCUGCAGCUAAAUUAUUUUCAAUAAUCGGUCGUCGUAUGAGUGCAUCGUGAUUCCUCUUCUUUUCUUCAUUUUCUUUUCUGUCUCAACAUCCGUGUACUUGAUAAACAUACGGGGAACGAGAAUAUUUUUGUUAAAACAAGCUGCACGUUGUGGUCCGUUUACACAAUAGUCGUUUUACGAAAGUAAGAUACUCGUGUUCUACAUAAAUUAUUAAUAUUUUAAAUCUUUUUUUUUUUCUUUUUUUCUGAGUAUACUCGUAUAUGGAUGAAAUGAAAGCGUUCGGCAACGAGCUCAUGCUCUGCUCGCUACGAUCGACAAUAUUUAAAGAUGUAAACACCUUCAAAUAUCAAUUUAUCGCGAUUUAAGUGAUCGAUCGAUUUGUCGGUGCGACUAGCGAUAUAAAUUAUUGUUUAUCGCGUGUCAAGAAAAUAUUCAGAAUAUCGUCUCGAUGAAACUUAUCGAGAAUGUCUAACGAGUCGAACGAUUUUAUCGUUAAUAGUUCUUGACUAAGUCUUUUGUGAAAUCUUUUUAAGCAUAAAUUAUUGUUGUUUGGUGCGGCAAAAUCGCAUGCUUGAAAAUGAUCGAAAUGUUAGAAAAGGAAUACAUGCUAUGUGUACUUUAUGCGUACGAGUGUAUGCGCGCGCGUAUGUGUGUGAUGUAACAAGACUGUACCCGAUCGUCCCUGUUACUCGUGUUUGUGUCGAACAUUAACCGUUUUCUUUGAUAAAAUUCGAUUCGAAUUUGA